AUGGCCUGCACACAGCAGGGAUGGGUGGCGCUAAGAAAGCUAGGAGCCCAUUUAAUUGGUUCUCACUCUUUUAAAAAGACUUAUCAUCGCGCGGUGAUCUCAGUAAUAAAUCUAUGUGAUCCAAAUGCUAUUUUGAAAGAGCUCGAGAUAGGGUUCGAAUCCCAAACGUUUACUGAGGACUUGGAUUUUGCAUUGACUUUAUGCUUUGAAAUAAGCAUAAAUAUAAUAUUGUUUGAAGUAAUAUAUCUGAAGAUGUCACUAGAAGCAUUGGCUUAUAAACGUUGUAACAGGGAAGACGACAUAGAAAAUGAUGUAGGCCUAACCGACGGUAUUUCAAUGAGUCAGUUAAGCAAUAAAGACAAUUUUGAGGAACGAGGUUGGAUCGCUAAAACGUUUAACAAGAAAGAGUGUAAACGAUAUGUCAAAAAAGACCAAGACGGGAAAUAUGGCAGGUCAGGAGGUGGCGUCUCUUUUACUCAAAGAAGCGACCUUUCCCUGACAAAUUCUUCUUGUGACUCAAUAUUUAUUGAAAUUAUUCAAAAUCAAGGAAAGAAUAUCUUAGCUGGAGUUGUUCACCAGAUAAAACUUAAAAGUAACACGAGUACAAGUUUUACAUGUGAAGGUCAACCGUUGAACGAACCCAGUGAUAUUGCGAAUGCAUUCAAUAGACCGAAUCGGCGGCUCGGGUCACGUGACUUACAGUGGGUAUUCAGGUUUGCUUACAUAGAGAUCGCCAGACGACAGUGCAUUGAAUAUGACUCUGCCUUGUUGUUGAUGUAA